GCUGGGCGCAGGUCGCGCGCGCGCCGCCCCCGCAGCGUCGGCUGGUGGGGGAGAUUAAAUCGGUGCCCGGCGCCGCCGCAGAGGCGGCUACUGUCAGACCGGCGACGGCCAGCCGCAGUCGAGAGGCGGCUUCUGUCAGACCGGCCACGGCCAGCCACAGUCGAGUGCGAGGAAGACGUCAACCACCAUGGCCGAGAUACAGAUCAUCGACAUUAGUGAAAUCGCGCUGCCGUCGUCGACGCCCUCCCAGGCGUCGCUGCUCACCGUCGGCUCCGACAUCGUUCGCGCCUUCCGCCUGACGGGCUUCGCCUACCUCCGCGGCCACGGCGUGCCCCUCAGCCUGCAGGCAGACACGUUCACCGCAGCGCGCGCCUUCUUCGCGCUGGACGAAGCGUCGAAGCUGCGCUUCGAGCGCUUCGCGCGCACCGGCUACAACGGCUACACGCCGGUUGGCGGGGAGAACACGGGCAGGCUGCGCGCCCAUGUCGACCUGCUCGACCUCAAGGAGUGCUACGACUUCCACAUAUUCGGCGAGGAUUACCCAGACGCCGUGAUGCCGGGCUUCAGCCAGCAGCUAGAGAAGCUGGCGCUGGCCUGCUGCAAGCUCAGCGACCGACUGCUGGCUGCGCUGCAGGAGGCGCUGGUCCAGGAGCAGCCGGCAGACAGGUCCCAGCAGCUGUCUGGGAACCGGCCGACUGCUCAGCUGACUGAAUGUCACCAGACUGAAGAUACUCCGCCUGCUGAAGAUCACCAAACUGGAGACAGACAGCGGGCCGAAUGUCACCAGACUGAGGGCAAUCGGCCCGCUGAAGAUCUCCAGACUGGAGACGAUCUGCCCGCUGAAGAUCACCAAACUGGAGACAAUCAGCGGGCCGAAUGUCACCAGACCGGGAGCGAUCGGCCAGCUGGAGACCUCCAGACUGGAGACAAUCCGCCCGCUGAUGAUCACCAAUCUGGAGAGAGUCAGCGAGCCGAAUGUCACCAAAAUGGAGAAAAUCCGCGAGCCGAAUUUCUCCAGACUGGGGGCAAUCGGCCCGCUGAAGAUCACCAAACUGGGGACAGUCAGCGGGCCGAAUGUCUCCGGACUGAAGACGGUCACCCUGCUGGGGAGCAGCAGGUGCGCGGCGCUGAGCCGCUGCCGCCGGUCGCACUCACGGCCGGCCACCGGCGGAUGCUGCGCCACGGCGGCUGCGCGGCGCUGCGCGUGCUCAGCUACCCGCCGGUGCCAGCGACCGUGGCGCCGGGCGCGGUGCGCUGCGCCUCACACACCGACUACGGCACCAUGACGCUGCUCUUCCAGGACGAGCUCGGCGGACUCGAGGUGGAGACGGCCGACGGCGUCUGGACGCCGGCCCCGCCCGUGCCCGACACGAUCCUCGUCAACGUCGGUGACCUGAUGGAGACGUGGUCCUCGGGCCGCCUGCGCGCCACCAAGCACCGCGUCGUCAUCCCGAAGGAGGAGGCGCUGCGCCGUCGCGCCCGACAGUCCAUCGCCAUGUUCGUCGAGCCCGACGAUGACGUCCUAGUGCGCCCGCUGGACGGAGACCCGCGCUUCGCGGCCGUCAACGCCGGCGAGGCGCUCCGCCGCAAGUUCGCGAAGACGUACCCAGCCUUCGCCUCGCGGCUGCGGAAGCAGUGAGCGGCGGCGCGGCGGCGCCGUGGAGCUGCGCGAGCGCUGGCCGGACAAAGCGGCCGGUGUUGCCUGAGCGAAGCGGAGAAGAACUGCGGUCAUUCAGGCGGCGUAGUGGUGGGAAGAGAGGAAAGGCAGAACGGGUGUUGAUGUCGCGAAGCAGAGAACAUGUCGAUUAGGCAAAUGGAUGUGGAAACAGAACGGAUAUCGCCGAAGAAAGAUAGCAUAGGAAACGGUAAGCAAAAGUCAGGGUAGGCAUAGUCCUCAGCCAAGCGGCUGCAGUUUUGCACACUUCCACGCGCAAACGUCUCCGCCAUCUGAAGGGAAACGACACCACUUUUUCGUUUUAGCGCGGGUUAUUUCAGCAGUUUUUUUUUCGUGACAUAGCGUAUUUCCUUACAGUGUGCAAUAAGACACAAAGGAGGUACUUUGCAAGACGUCUUAAAUGAGAUUUGUGGUUUUGUUGUGCCAUGGUUGAGGCAAAGAGCGAAAUAUCAUAUCGUUGUUCUAAUGAUCUUUAGCUGUUUAUCGUGCAUCCAUGGAUUAUAUAAACGCAGAUAUUAUUUAGCCUGUUCAAAACCUUGCAUUAAAGUCUGACGGCUUUGUGUCAAGUUUGACCCUCCCCUAGCGAUUACACCUACAUGUAUCACCGUACACUUUCAGCAUGUGUGUCGGUAAUUUCAUCUGUGCAAUAUAGGUUGUUUCAAACCCCGAACUGCGUAUCAGUCAAUACAGAUAUGUAUGCUUA